UCUAGAUCUUUGUUCUUCGUCCCCUUUCUUCUUUUGUUCAAUUUCACUUUGAUUCUGCUGUUCUUACUUAUCUUUACAAGAUUUAUUGUUUGCAAUAUCCAAACACUCUUGCCUUGACAAAGAUUGGAAGCGUUGUGUGUCAAAUGUUACGAGGAUUGAAGUUUGAAGAAAACAAUUCAAAUGGGAGCUGUUAUUGGUAAAGCUGCGAAUGGCAUCUGUUCUGCUAUAGGAAAUGCUUUUACUGCUCCAUUCAAAACCAUUUUUGGUGCUUCCUGCGAAGAUAUUUGUUCAGGAACAUGGGACUUUACAUGUUUUAUCGAGCAUUUAUGCUUCUCCAACAUCGUCAGAUUGUUGAUGGUCUUGGGGCUAUGUUAUAUCAUUUUGGUGUUCAUCUAUCUUCUGUUUCAACUGGGGAUCGUACAAUGCAUAUGUAGAAGCCUAUGCAAAAUGUGUUGGUUUGCAUGUCAGAGUUAUUUUCAUGCAAUAGAAGACUUCACGUGUUGUUUAUGGUACAAACUAAAGAACACAAAGCGGGUUCACCGCCGCCGACCCCGCCGUUAUCGAGACAUUGAACAAGGUUAUAGUUCGAGCGAAAACUCAAUACAGCGAUAUUGGAGUUUGAACGUAAGCAGGAAAAGAAAAUGGAAUAGAGAAAAAAAGACUGCAAGGCCUCAUUACCCAGUGAAUUAAGCUGAAGUCAUUAGAAAGGUACCAAAGUAGAAAUGGAAGUCGUCACCACCAUGAUUUACGUUGGAAGACAAGUGAAGUUUCUGUGCACCUAAAAGGUGGGUCGAGAAGAUUAAGGAAUUCAAAGCAACUUCAAAUCAGUAGACCGGGAAAUUUUGGUAAACAGGUGAAGGUGUUUAAAAGGAGAAAGAUAAUCAGGUAAGACUCUCACUGUAAGACUACUACUAGACCCCUCAUCUUGCAAAUUAACUUUUCCAAGCUUUUGCGGUGGGUUGUCAAAGGAAGAUACUAAGGCUAGCUAGGUGUCAAUGAGUUUCUAGCAUGUAACGAAUAAUCAAACUAAUCAAUGAAA